AUGGAUUCAAAUUUUCAAAGCUUAAAACAUGUAAAAACCGAAAAAGUAAGUGAAUAUACAAAUACCGCAUAUAGUAAAAAUGAACUGCAAACAAAUCAAAGCAAAGAAAUAAUUGAUAAUUUAAUAACAGAAAAUAAUGA